AUCUGUCGUUCACGUGACAAGUUUGUUUUGGAUUUGAAUAAUUUGCUCAUAUUUUUAUAUUGGAUCGAUUCGUCAACAAAGCCAUAUGAAAAUUAAUUUGUUUAAUACAGCGUUAUGUACACCACCUGUUUAGGAAUAUUUAAGUUACCUGGAUAUUUCUCGAAAAGGGCAUUCUCAACUCCGGUUUUUCGACGACUAGCACGUUCGAAAAUGGACCAAGAAUUAAAAUGUCGACAAAAUCCAGUCGUGCUAAAGCUAGAUUCAGCAGAAUUUAAAAACAUAUUUACUCCUGAAGUCACUGAGCUCAAGAAUUUAUUUGACAAGUACAAAUAUGAAAUAAGAGUCGCUGGUGGUGCAGUCAGGGAUCUGUUAAUGGGCCAGGCUCCAAAAGACCUUGACUUUGCCACUACUGCUACUCCACAACAAAUGAAAGACAUGUUUACUGCUGAAAAUAUUAGAAUGAUCAAUGCAAAUGGUGAGAAGCACGGCACCAUUACAGCCAGAAUCAAUGACAAAGAGAGUUUUGAGGUAACAACACUAAGAAUAGACAUACUCACUGACGGCCGACAUGCUGAAGUUGAAUUUACCACAGAUUGGAAACUAGAUGCUAAUAGAAGAGAUCUCACAAUCAACUCUAUGUUUUUAGGUUUUGAUGGCUCUGUUUAUGACUAUUUCUUUGGAUAUGAAGAUUUACAAAAACGUAGGGUAGUAUUUGUUGGUGAUCCUGAUAGAAGGGUAAAAGAAGACUACCUCAGGAUCAUGAGAUAUUUCCGUUUUUAUGGCAAGAUAGCAGAUAAGCCUGAUAAUCAUGAUGAACAUACUCUGAAAGUUUUAAAAGACAAUGUUAAGGGACUUCAAAAUAUAUCUGGGGAAAGGAUUUGGGUGGAACUGAAGAAGAUGCUUCAAGGAAAUUUUGCAGGAAAUCUAUUGAAGACAAUGAUUGAUGUGGGAGUUGGAGAAUACAUUGGCUUACCAAAAUCUCCUAAUGUUGAAGAAUUAGACAGAGUAUUGAAGAGGGCUGAACAUCUUAAUUUGCAUCCAAUUUCUUACUUAGCAGCUCUUUUGACAGAUCUAGAUGAGGUAACAGCACUGUUCAGCAGGCUCAAGUUCUCUGGCUAUGACAGAGACCUUGCCUACUUCCUGGUGGAACACAGGGGAGACAAAGUAGACAGCAGACCAUUAUUACCAUAUGAAAAACUGGUUUUAAAUACAAAGAUAAAACAAAAGGAUGCAAUUGAAUAUGUUAAAGAGGUUCUGAAAUAUAGAGGAGAUGCACUUUUAGACCAAUUUAACAACUGGGUAGUGCCCAAGUUCCCUGUUACUGGCAAAAUGUUGAAGGAAGCUGGAGUUCCUCCAGGCAAAAUGUAUGGACCCAUCAUUAGUAAGUUGAAAAACAUUUGGAUUGAAAAUGAAUAUAAGAAUUCAGAAGAGGAACUAAUCAAAAACAUCCCAAAUAUUAUAGAAGAAUUUGAAAACAAUAAAAGAAAACAAACAUGAUAA